ACGACAUCCUGUCGCCAAACUUAGCAGACAGCCAGAAUGGAGCAACUACCGAAAGUAUUCCCCCUGAAGUGUGCUGUACAAAAAUACCUGUGGGGCAAAAUAGGACAUGACAGUGAAGUUGCCCAGCUCUCUCUGAGUGCAGACCCCAGUUUUGAAGUUGAUGAGAACUCAACAUAUGCAGAGUUGUGGAUGGGCACACAUCCCAAUGGACCAUCCAGGAUCAUUUCCAGCUCAGGAGAUGCUGACAUUGAUUUAGGAGCCUGGGUCCAAAAGAAUGCUGAUAGUAUAGGAACAGAAAUGGAGAAAAAUAAGAAUCUUUCCUUCUUAUUUAAAGUCCUCUCUGUCAAAACAGCCCUGUCCAUUCAGGCUCAUCCAAACAAGGUGCUAGCUGAAUUGAUACACAAAGAAAAACCAGAGCUUUACAAAGAUCCUAACCACAAACCAGAAAUGGCCAUAGCUUUGACCCCUUUCAAGGGACUCUGUGGAUUCAGGCCAAUCAAAGAAGUAGCUGGAUAUCUGAAAUACAUUGAAGAGUUCCGUACAGCUGUUGGUGGCCAGUACGCAGUGAAGCUGCUUACAGCCAGUAAAUGUAUGGACCAAAAACUCCAUAUAGAGGCGAUGAAGGACUGCUUCUCUGGACUGAUGAACCAGAAAAAGGAUGUGAUCCAUGCCCAACUUAGCAGUCUCAUCAACCAUGUGACAGAACUGGAAAAAGAGGGCAAGGACACCAGUCAGUAUGAAGCGGAUGUUUUAUUGAAAGUAAACAGAGAAUUCCCAGGAGAUGUGGGGUGCUUUGCCAUCUACUUCCUGAAUGUUGUCAAUUUGAAUCCAGGAGAGGCAAUGUUUCUUCGUGCUAGCUUGCCACAUGCAUACCUGUCAGGAGACUGUAUAGAAUGCAUGGCCUGCUCUGACAACACUAUAAGGGCUGGUUUGACACCGAAGCACCGAGAUGUAAACCUCCUUUGUGAGAUGUUAGACUAUAAUAGUCUGUCUGUGGCCAAAACUAAGUUCAGACCGAUCCAGCGAGGAAAUGUGACCUACUAUAAACCAGACAUUGAAGAUUUCAUGGUGACCAAAGUCGAGGUACCAGCUGACUCAACCAGUGGAGUGCUACACAGUAUAGACAGUGCCAGCAUCUGUAUCGUCAUUCAGGGGGAGGGCCAAGCUUCGUCUUGUUCAUUGGUCAGUGCUUUGGACUUGUCUAAGGGGUCCGUCUUCUUUAUUGCUGCUAACGAGGAAGUCCAUCUCACCGUCAGCUCACAAGGAAUGGUGGUGUACCGGGCUUCCUACAGCGUCAAGAUACCGUCAGCCUAACCAACCACAUCAAACUUACAACAACAGAUACUGGGGAUUAGUACAACAACAGAUACUGGGGAUUAGUACAACAACAGAUACUGGGGUUUAGUACAACAACAGAUACUGGGGAUUAGUACAACAACAGAUACUGGGGAUAAGUACAACAACAGAUACUGGGGAUUAGUACAACAACAUAUACUGGGGAUUAGUACAACAACAGAUACUGGGGAUUAGUACAACAACAGAUACUUGGGAUUAGUACAACAACAGACACUGGGGAUUAGUACAACAACAGAUACUGGAGGAUUAGUACAACAACAGAUACUGGAGGAUUAGUACAACAACAGAUACUGGGGAUUAGUACAACAACAGAUACUGGGGAUUAGUACAA